AUGGAUAUGUUCUACCCCCAUCUCUGGCGAGCCAUCGACAUCAAUUGGAAUGACCACCUCGUCUGGAAGAAGGAUAUCAUCGACGCACUACAGACCAACAACCACCUCAUACAAUCCCUCAAGCUCAGAGCAGACACCUCUAGAGACCGUCUACUUUGGUUUCUAGAGUUGGAGCUGCCCACCUUCCCGCAUCUCACCUCGUUAGAACUGGAAGGCCCCUUCAAGCAAGACGAGGACCCGGAUUUUGCAGCCUUCAUCAAUCUGACCCCUGGUACAGGACUGAAACGCCUUGUAUUUAGCAACCCCAAAACCGACAACUACUUCGCACUUUCGCGGGACUCGUUCGAGGCGAUCUUCAAACACGCCCAUACCCUCCAGGUCUUCCGCAUAGAAGCCAUGUCGUUCUUGACAAGCACCCUCAUAGACAAGUUGCUUUGUUCCGCCCCGCAUCUCAAGGAGCUCUACCUUCUCAACAGCCAGGACAGCAAUUCAGGCCAUUGGUUGGAUGCCCCCGAAAUCAUUCAUUCACAAUGGGUCUGUUCGGAUCUUGAGGUCUUUGCCUGUCGAAUCGAGAACAUCUCCCGGCCAGAUAUCAAGCGUACCAUUGCUGGGCUCGAUCCAAGUAAGAUGACCGUCAGUAUUGGGACACCUCAGGAAAUGGUUGAGCUUCAGUUGCAAAUGUAUGCCAAACUUGCGAGGUUUACCAAACUGCGGGAGCUGAGGCUGGGGUUUUUGAUGGAUACGAGUGCGGCCGGGUACCGGCGUGCGGAUAAGGAGUAUUUUCGGCAGUAUGACUGUUUGGCAAUGACGGUGGAGAGUGGUGUGGGAUUAUUGAAGGCGUUGAAGGCGUUGAGAGUUGUGGGGCUGGAGGAUAUGGAAGUAUAUAUUGAGAGUGAUAAGGAGCAGAACUGGUUCGCUGAGCAUUGGCCAAAUGCGGUGAUUGGGGUUACGGAUUAUGAGAACAGGGACAGCGACCAGGAGUAG